UAAUAAAAAAAAUAUAAAUCGGAACUUUUCGACGAAGAUAAAAUUUGUGUACAAGUAGUAAGAAAGAGGGAACCUAUCCGUAGCGAAGUCAUCGAAGAAGAAGAUAGAGAGACAUUGUCCUUCAUCGUUGAAUCAGCAUUGAUCCUCGUUUGUAAUCGCUUGCAGCUAUAUUAAGGAACAAUGGCUUCAACUGUUUCCAACUCACAAGGGUUUGAAGCGCGGAAUAAUGGCGCUUUUAGGUCUCCGGAACCAGGUUUUGGUGACAGUGAUGGAGCAGAGUUGGUUUCUGUUUCUUGGAAUCAGGAUUACAGCUGUUUUUCUUCUGGGACCAGCCACGGUUUUCGGAUAUAUAACUGCGAGCCUUUCAAGGAAACUUUCAGGCGAGAGCUCAAGGACGGGGGUUUCAAAAUCGUGGAGAUGCUUUUCCGAAGUAAUAUCUUGGCACUCGUUGGCGGUGGACCUAACUCUCAGUACCCUUCAAACAAAGUAUUGAUUUGGGAUGAUCAUCAGAGCCGCUGCAUCAGUGAGUUUUCUUUCAGGUCCGAGAUUCGUGCAGUGAAGCUAAGAAGGGAUCGGAUUGUUGUUGUUCUUGAACACAAGAUAUAUGUCUACAAUUUCAUGGACCUGAGGCUUCUUCAUCAGAUUGAAAACCUGGCAAAUCCAAGGGGACUGUGUUGCCUCUCUCAUCAUAUGAAUACAUCUGUGCUGGCUUGUCCUGGUGUUCGUCGAGGAGAGGUCCGUGUUGAACAUUUUGGGCUUAACAUGGUGCAAAUCAUUAACGCUCAUGAUUCGAAUAUCGCGUGCAUGACCAUGACACUGGAUGGCUUGCUUCUUGCAACUGCCAGUACAAAGGGAACUCUGAUUAGAAUUUUCAACACGAUGGAUGGAACUCGUCUGCAAGAGGUCCGAAGAGGAACGGACAGAGCAGAUAUCUAUAGCAUUGCUCUAUCACCGAAUGUGCAGUGGUUGGCAGUAUCAAGCGACAAGGGGACUGUUCAUAUUUUUUCUCUUAGGGUGAGAGUUUCUGGGGAGGACUCACACUCCACUGAACAUGAGACGUCUUCAAAUUCCCUGCAGGCUCUUGUAACUCCAGCCAGCGGUGUCAACCCUGGUUCGUCAUUGUCAUUUCUGAGAGGAGUUUUGCCAAGAUAUUUCAGCUCGGAGUGGUCAUUUGCUCAGUUCCAUGUACCAGAAGUCACCCAAUUCUUUGCAGCAUUUGGUGCUCAGAACACAAUUGCGAUUAUCGGCAUGGAUGGAAGUUUCUACAGGUGCAGUUUCGAUCCAGUGAACGGAGGAGAGAUGACACAGCUUGAAUACGUCCGCUUUCUGAAACCGGAGACCCUAAGAUAGCCAGAACGUGUGGUCGGUUCAAGUUCUACGUACAUAACCACUGGCUUUGUAUAUUCAUUUGGUGAAACGUUUGCAUCAGAUUUGAUUCUUCCAAGCUUUACUUGAUUAAAGGGAAUUGUAUUCUUGAUUGGGACAAUGUACAUAUACCAAUACAUGGACUCCUCUGUGAGUUUCCCUCUUACAAGAUCAUUAAAGAACAUCAAUUCCUUUGA